AUGGACAAAAGUCGCUAUGUGAUACCACUAAAGUAUCUGACGAAUUACGUGGUCGUGGAGGUACUGAGGAUGUCAGAGGAAGAGUUUGGGUUCUCAAGCGACAAACCAAUCGUGUUGCCAUUCGACACUUCUGUCAUGGAUCAGAUCAUUUUGUUGCUCUCCUCGCAAGGUGAAGUACUUGAGCAAGUACCGAGAAACGUCAUAGCUACGGCCAAGGGUUGCUCAUCAUCGACACAGAGUUCCUUUAUCCCACACCAUGCUUGUAAAAGCUUGUUUGUUCUACGACAGGUUUAA